GUAGAUGUGUGUGGUGUUUUAGUUUAUAGGUUAGAAUACGCCACACCCCUUUCUCAUGGAUGAAAACGAAUGCGAAGCGAAGUGGUGAUGCAGUAUUUAUAUUUAGACAUGAUUGUAAGAGCCUAAGUAAGGGGGUCAGUUCUCUCACAUACAUUACUAAGUACAAUUAGAUCUGAUUAGGAUAUUUUUGACUUGUACAGUUAAAUCUUGUUUCAAGUUUUUAAUUUAGAUUGGUUCUUAUUUUCUUGUAGUUUUAAUAAUUGAAUUGCAAAAUCAUGGGUCUAACAAACUUUCAAAUAGUUUUAGACAGCCCCACAGGUGCAUAUUAUGCUGGCACAAAUGUAACUGGUAAACUUCAAUUUACUCUGGAUAAACCUAAAAAAAUUAGAGCUAUAAUAAUACAAUUUCUUGGAGUGGCCAAAACUUCAUGGAGUGAGACUGAGAGUGUAAGGCGAAAUGACGGCAACACUGGCAAUGAAACCGUCACCUUCACAGCCACAGAAGAGUACUUCUCUAACAAGUACAAUCUUGCUGGAGGCCCCAACAGUGAAAUUGAAAUACCGCCAGGAGACCAUGUUUACCCGUUCAGUACGACCCUACCACCUCUUCUGCCCUCAUCAUUUGAGGGUGAGCACGGCAACAUCCGCUACACAGUGAGGGCCACGCUUGAUCGUCCGUGGAAGUUUGAUCAGAAUUGUGAAAAAGUUUUCACUGUCGUUACUCCUGUAGAUCUCAACUACAAUGUUAAGGCGAAGGAGCCGGUGAAGCUGGAGUUGGAGAAGUACUUCUGUUGCUGCUGGUGCAAGUCUGGGCCUCUGGCUGUUGUCAUCAACAUGCCAUACUCCGGUUUUGUCCCUGGUCAGAACAUUCCUGUCACCCUGGAGGUUGACAAUGCCAGCAAUGUGCGUGUUGACAAUGUUAUCGUCAAACUCGAGAAGGUGCUUAAAUGGAAAGCUCGAGAGCCCAAAAACAAAGAACGAGAGGACAAAGUGGAGAUCGUAAAGUUAACGCUAGACGCAGUGGAACCAAAUGGUUCCCAAUGUUAUACCCAGCAGCUGGCCGUGCCGGUAAUGCCACCAUGUAACCUGGACCAGUGCUCCAUCAUCAACUGUUCCUACACACUUCAGGUGACAGCAGCAGUGAGCGGUUGUCACUCAAACCUCUACGGUGAGGUUCCUAUCUUUCUGGGAACAGUGCCAGUAUACCAGACACCCACAGCAGCAAGCCCCGCUGCCCCCCCUUCAGCCCCUUCUCCGCAGCCUGGGGCUCAGCAGCCUGGGAUAGGCUUUGACGUUAACCCAGGCCCUACAGAGGGCAACAUGUAUCCAGUGCUUCCUCCAGUGCCAGAUGCCUCUCCAGUGGAGCCUCAGCCAAAGUAAACUGCUUGUAGUCCCAUAGUAACCUGCGCCCUGCCAAUAUUGUAAGGUGGUCACUUCAUUGUCUACUAUAGUUGUAAUCUACUACAAAUCGAUCGUUUUCGUGGAUUUUUUUGUUUCUUUAGAAACUUAUAAAUUCAUCCUCCUCCUUAGGUUUUCAAGUGCUGUGUAUCUUUUCCCUCUUGUUCUAAACGGUAUACAGGUUCUGCAUGCUAAUGUAUAAAAAAAAUAGUGUAUAAAUGUUAUAAGAAAGACUUUAAAACAUAAAAGUUAAUAGGUACUAAAAGAUAAAAAAUACAUUUCUAUAUUCAAACACACAUUAGAUAUUUUUCAACACAAGUAUAUUUCUUUUAAGUAUUUUAACACUAGUUCUUGAAACUCCAGGUUAAUGGAAAGAUGUCAAAAUUGAAAAGUUACUUUCCACAUGAACACUUAACACUGUUAUAAACCACAUCAUCUUAAAUGGAGUGUGCUAUAAUGUAUCACAGAUGCUAACUUGUAAUAAAUAAAACUUUGCUUAUAACUUCAUUUCAUGUUCCGAAAUGACUAAAUGGGUCGUUAUGGAAAUGACAGCACUUGUGAAUUAUGAGAAAACUGUUAAAAUAUAAAAGCAAAGAAGAGACUGAUUUUAAAGAAACAUUGUAACUGAUAGUUAGUCCAUUUACAACAUCAAAAUAAUAAAUGAAUUAUUAAUAUUACCCAAUCUUCCGUCUUUACUUUGCUGUGAUGGUCUCAUAUAUUUAAAUCUUUAACACAGCUUUAAUCUUUCUGCUUUGUAAUAAAUGGAGGUUUAAAAAAGCUGUUUUCAAUUUUAUCCUAAAAUAAAUAGUCAACUCUCGAUUAUCCGUUGUAAUCAACAGCUUAACACAAAAACAUGGUUAAAACAAAGGGAGUCAUUAAAAAUGCUGAACUAGUAAGUAAUUAGUUGCUAAAUAAAUUGGUUUUUGGGUAAACUUGCCUAAUACGAGCAUUUGUAAUCCAUUUAUAUCGUCUAUUUCAUUGAGAAUAAAACCAGUUACAAAAUGUUAUACCCAUGAAAAUUAUUAAACAAGGUACAAUAUUUACAAUUUAAUGGAUGAGUUGUGAUUACGUAUUAACUUGUUGGAAAAAAUCGAUCAUCGUUUCUGCGGCAGCUUCCUUCCUUAUUGUUGUCAAAUGUAACUUCUGUAAAAACAGUUUAUCACAAAGCAAACUGUCGUCCUGCCCCUCCAAAUAAUCUAGCAAACACUCAAUGUGAUUUAUCCCUGCUCCUUGCUCACCUUGGGCUCAUCCAGGAAAUCCUCCUAACACCCUACCCUAUCACUUUCACUAUCAACAAUUCUCUGUGCAUGUAUCACAAUUUCAUCAUCUUCAACACUUUCAAAGGUCGGCAAGCUUUGCCAAUAUUUUACCAUCCACUGACAUUAGCUUUGACAACAUUUUCUCCACCUGGAACACUAUUAGCUAGCUGGGCCAAAGAUGUUGAGGAUGUUAUUGCAUCGUUAUUAUAGCCAGCAAAUUUGUCAUGCUCAGAAAUAUCACGAUUUUGCUAUUGUGGAAGCUUUCAUUUUGUCCAAAGUGGCAGCAGAUUCAUAUACGGCAUCUAGGAGGCUUAGACAUUUUUUAAAUAUUAAUGAAUUUCAUCAAAAUGCUUGAGCGAUGAUUCCGCUUGACACUUUCAAUUACACCUUGGUCCAUCAGUUGAAUUAUUGCUGUGACGUUUUGGGGUAAUUAUUUCACAAACAUGCAAACUGUAAAAGAUAAUUUUUUUUUAUGUCUUCAGCAGUUUGUUCACCGAUCCUGUAUUCUUGAGCUACUAUUUUUACACUUCUCCCUUUUAUAUUUUCUCGACAAUUUCAAUUUGUUGUUGGAUUGAGAGAACAACUUUCCUCUUUUUUCCAUCUAUUACAAUACUGUAUAAUUUAUAUUAUCCAAAGAGAACACAGAAUGAAAGGAUAAUACUGUAUUAACAGCAAUCUUACAAACACCUCUUAUUUGAUGUAAACAAUCGAUUACUGGUGUGAUCACCCAUGAAAAAGACUAACAGCAACAGUUUCCGACAAUAUAAAUUAAAUAAUAUGUGGGGUGUAGGAUGUUCCAGGGAAACAUAGGUGGGAGUCUAAAAAUAGAAGCAAUCAAAACACUUAAUCCUAGUGGACAGAUGGACACAGCAGCCAGUUUACAGGGUAUAUGUGUCUGUCUGUUUGUUGUUAUUACGACUGCUCUUUAUAUAUGCUGCAUGACGUUCUUUAUUUAAUACUAGCUGUUUCCCGCGGCUUCGCACGCUUUUCUUGACCUUUGCCCUUGUAAGCACUACUGGUUCAAGUGAAUUAUAUUUCCAACGCUGAUGUAGAGUUUGCCUUGUUGCCACGAUCAAGAAAAUCUCUCAAAAGUGUAUGUUUAUAACUACUGUAAAUGUACAUGUACUUUAUUACAAA